AUGUUGUUCCCGAGCCUAGCUCACUGGGUCGCAGCUGUACCAGAGUAUAUAUACGGUCCCUGCCAAGGUGAGAGAAGGCUCAAGAAGAGCGCUGAGGUCCGUCUUAAGGCUGAGGUCCGUCUUAAGGCUGAGGUCCGUCUUAAGGCUGAGGUCCGUCUUAAGUUGCCUGCUGCUUCUCCCCCCUGUUUCAUCCCCUCCUUUGCGCCCACCAUUGCUGCUACAGGUCAGCAGCGGCGGCGCAUCUAUCUACUUCAUCUGCUCAAGGUCAGCAGAGGCGCAUCUUCUCCAACAAAGCCCAACUGCACCGAUCCCUUGGAGUGUAGUGGACCUCUCCUGCGUACCCCUCCUCCUGCUGCUUCCCCACACUGUCUCCCGCCUCUUCCUCUGUAUUCCCACCAUCCCUCUCCAGGUCAGCAGCGGCGCAAAUUCUUCAACAAGGCCCGCAACUGCACCAACCCGACCCGUGCAAUUGAAAACAUGUUUCACCUCUCCUCUGCACCCACCAUUGCUGCUGCAGGUCAGCAGCGGCGCAUUUUCUCCAACAAGGCCCGCAACUGCACCGACCCCUUUCCCGCUGAGCUUCCCGUUUCCGCUCUGCAUCUCCUUCACUCCAGGCCGUGUCUCUUUCCCCUGCCCCCACCACUCGCCUCCUCUCCAGGUCAGCAGAGGCGCAUAUUCUUCAACAAGGCCCGCAACUGCACCGACCCCUUCCCGCUGAACCUCUCUCCUCGACCUGAGCCUUGCGGUUGA